AUGUGGUCUUUUCGACAAUGCGUCGUUUUUGGAAUGAUAUUUGCGUCAGGGACGUUGAUCGGAUAUGACUCAGGCUAUUUGAAUGGUGUCUUAGGCUCAGAGGAUUUUAUCGACAGAUACGGGAUAACAGACGAUUCAACUGGAGCAAGGUAUCUAAAACCUGAGACCCGAUCACUUUUUACUUCCAUUUUGGCAGUGGGGACAAUGCUAGGGUCGGUUCUAGCUUUCAUCACCGGUAAUCGAAUUGGCCGCAAGGGCAGUUUGAUCCUGGCAGCAAUAGUUUAUGCAAUUGGAGUCAUAAUGCAGACUGUUGCCCCACCGCCAGCAGCGUUUUCCAUCGGCCGUAUAUUCCUAGGUGCAGCGCUUGGAAUCAUUUCUGUUGUGUCUCCUAUGUACUUAGUUGAAUCCUCCAACGGAAACACAAGAGGUCGACUAGUGUCAUUCUACACUCUUUUUCUCACCUGUGGUAAUGUAUUGGCAUGUGGCAUCAGCAUGGGGUCAAGUAAGCUAUCUGGUGCCAACACAUGGCGGAUAACUAUCGCUUUUCAACUUUUCCUCGCUUUGGUGGUCUUUAUGGGAGCUAUCGUUGCCCCUGAAUCACCCGUCUUGUUAUUGAAGAAGGGUAAGCCCGAAGAGGCUCGCAUUUCCCUUGCGGUCCUUCGAAAUAUUCGCAUGAACUCUGAAGAAAUGUCGCAAGAGUACGAGGAAAUCACUAGCUGGGUCGCAGAACAAAGCACUCAUAGCAGUGUUCAACUCAUUGAAUGCUUCCAGGGAUCAAACCUGCGCCGCCAGUUACUUGGGGUGUGUAUGGCGAUUUUGACCAUCUCUACUGGGAUCACAUUUUGGUUUGGCUACGGCACAACAUUUUUCCAGCAGGCUGGAGUCAGUAACUCAUACUUGAUUUCACUGAUUCUGGCACUUGUGAACGCUAUAUUCACGGUCUUAUCUACCUUCUUGGUGGAAAAAGUCGGCCGACGUUCAUGUCUGCUGUGGGGAGGUAUGAUCAUGGGAGUGGCAAUGUUGGUUCCGGCGGUCAUCAAUAUGGUCUCUCCAGGCACCACCAGCGGUCAUAACUCUCUGAUUGCGGGCACGGUGAUUUUUAUUGCAGCUUACGCUGCGACUUGGGGUAGUAUAGGCUGGAUUAUUAUGACUGAACCCUACUCUCAGCGCCUCAGACUUCAUCAAUCCACUAUCACCAUGCUAGUAUAUUGGCUAUCGACUUGGGCGAUUGGGUUUGUAACACCAUACCUGGUCGAUGCCACUGCGGCAGAUCUUGGAAUUAAGGUAUGCUUUAUAUGGCUUGCCAUGGUUGUCAUUUCAAUUGUAUGGGCGUACUUUUACGUACCAGAACUCUCUGGACUCUCGGGUGCCGAUAUGGAUCUUCUUUUCGAGGCUGGUAUCCCAGCAUGGAAAUCCAAGAAAUGGAGCACCUUGAAUGGAUGCGGGACAGAGAUCGUCCCAGAGAUGGAAUCCAACGUUACGAAAUGUUGA